AUGCUUCAGGUUUUGCAAGCAUUGUAUUAUUCAAUGUGCUUUGUAUGUGCAGUAAUGGAUGCACUCCGAGAAAAAUCAGAUCACGGGCCUCAUAAGAAGCACCCAUCGGCACCAAGUUACUGGAGAAAUUCCAAGCUUCAUCAAAUUUCUGAUUUUAUGUAUUUCACCAGUGUGCUACCUGUUGGCACUGUGACAUGCAUACUUUUUUGGGGGCUUUAUGUUGCAGAACCGACUCUCGUGAUGCCAGAGUGGGCAGAAAAACUUAUUCCGCCUUUCAUGAAUCAUAUCACUCAUACAGCUCCAAUUCCAUUCAUUUUGGUGGACACGCUACUGACCUGUCAUCAAGCGCCUUCACGUAAACUCGGUUCAGUUGUUGUCGUCGCUGAAGUGGCAUUCUAUUUCACUGUGACAUGCAUACUUUUUUGGGGGCUUUAUGUUGCAGAACCGACUCUCGUGAUGCCAGAGUGGGCAGAAAAACUUAUUCCGCCUUUCAUGAAUCAUAUCACUCAUACAGCUCCAAUUCCAUUCAUUUUGGUGGACACGCUACUGACCUGUCAUCAAGCGCCUUCACGUAAACUCGGUUCAGUUGUUGUCGUCGCUGAAGUGGCAUUCUAUUUCACUGUGUUUGUUGCUUUUCCUUUUUUUUUCCUCGAAGCCGUGCACUGUCUUGUCCACCAAUCUUGCAACACUUUAAACGCGGUAAAAUUUCGUAACAUUGUUUUUCUAUUCCUCUUGUACAUAGAUUCAAAAAGUUGA